CACACACACACGCACAACACAGCCUGCCUUUGCGGAAGUCGGAGGUGCUGAGGCGGCGCUAAAGGAAAUUAGCAUACCCGCUUCGCGGCGCCCGGAUGCGGAUGGAAGGGUGAGCAGAAACCGCAGGGACGUAAUCCUCUCGACCAGGGAGAAGAAGAAAAAAGACACAGCCGAGUGCGGGCUCACCUCUUCCGGUUCUUCCUCGACGUCCGCCAGCCGAGGAGAUGGGCGACAAGGCGGGCACAAGAGUCUUCAAGAAGUCCAGUCCAAACUGUAAGGUGACGGUCUACCUGGGGAAGAGGGACUUUGUGGACCACCUGGACCACGUGGAUCCAGUAGACGGCGUCAUCCUGGUGGACCCAGAGUACCUGAAGGACAGGAAAGUCUUCGUCACGCUGACGUGUGCCUUCCGGUAUGGACGCGAGGACUUGGACGUCUUGGGACUGUCCUUCCGCAAGGACCUCUACAUCUCCACCUUCCAGGCUUUCCCGCCUGUCCCGGAGGAACGCAAAGCCAACAGUCGCUUGCAGGAACGUCUCCUGAAGAAGCUGGGACAACACGCACACCCCUUCUACUUCACGAUCCCCCAGAAUCUUCCGUGUUCCGUCACCUUGCAGCCUGGACCUGAGGACACAGGCAAGGCAUGUGGCGUGGACUUCGAGAUCCGAGCGUUCUGCGCCAAGUCCAUGGAGGAAAAGAUCCACAAGAGGAACUCUGUGCGUCUGGUCAUCCGAAAGGUUCAGUACGCUCCAGAGAAGCCAGGUCCUCAGCCCAUGGUGGAGACUACACGCAGCUUCCUCAUGUCGGACAGGUCGCUGCACCUGGAGGCGUCGCUGGACAAGGAGCUCUACUACCACGGCGAACCCAUCAGCGUCAACGUGCACGUGACCAACAACUCCACCAAGACGGUUAAGAGAGUGAAGAUCUCAGUGCGUCAGUACGCUGACAUCUGCUUGUUCAGCACGGCCCAGUACAAAUGUCCCGUGGCCCAGCUGGAGGCGGAUGACCAGGUGUCGUCCAGCUCCACCUUCUGCAAAGUCUACACGCUGACGCCCACGCUGGACAAGAACCGCGAGAAAAGAGGACUGGCGCUGGACGGAAAGCUCAAGCACGAAGACACCAACUUGGCCUCGUCCACCAUCGUCAAGGACGUCACCAACAAGGAGGUCCUGGGCAUCCUGGUGUCCUACAGAGUCAAAGUCAAGCUGGUGGUUUCACGCGGAGGAGACGUGUCGGUGGAGCUGCCCUUCAUCCUCAUGCACCCCAAACCUGCUGACCCCCCCGCAUCGCGCCCCCAAUCAGCUGUGCCGGAGACGGACCCGCCCAUCGACACCAACCUGAUAGAAUUCGACACAAACAGCGUUUCCCAAGACGACGACUUCGUCUUUGAGGACUUUGCCCGCCUGCGACUCAAAGGCGCAGUGGACGACAAAGACGAGGACUGCUAGGAGCGCCCAUACACAAACAAACGCACACACUCGCGCACACACACACACACACGCGCUCACAUUACAUUCCGGGGUUGAGGGACAGAUGCUGCCAUGUUUGGGCGGAGCCUCGCGGCGCUCCUUCCUUCCUUUGGUCACUGGGCCGCCGUUCUUGCUGCCAUCUUUUUUGUGAGUUGUUUUGAUUUGCCGGGCGGUGCUUGUGAGGAAACAAUGAAGCCGACACAAACAUCUGUUGCUCUUUUAUUUUGAAAUCCUUUGAAUGUCGAUGGCGUCCUGGGGCGACGGUUAGUAGACUGCAGGGGGACAGCGCAGCGGCAACAUUCCAGCAUUAUUUUCACAUUAGUGCUCACACGGGAAGUGGUGUCGCUGCUAAAGGUGUCCUUCUAACCCUCCUUCACUUCCUGUCAGUCGGCGGCGAGCGGUGCCUUCUUCACUGUUAAUAAAUGCCAAUUAACCCCCCUGCCCCCACCAGAAGGAAAAACAUGAACUUGUUCCAUUGAUGUCUUAUUUUGAAGCCACCAGCGUCACCUCGCCGCCGACCCGAGACAAGACGCAUGACGGAACAUGUUCUCGCGCUCCUGUGGCGGAAGGAAAGAGGCGGAGCAUGUUUGCUUUUUCCCCCCCCCCGAGCAGUGCUGUGAAUCGUCGUGGUCGUCGUGACUCGUUUGGUCGUGCAUGUGAGCUAACUUUGCCAACAGGAAGAUUGCUUUGAUGCUUUCCACGCUUGUAAUCAUUUCAUUGUUUUUUUUUUUAUUUCACUUUGUUUUUAUGAUUAAAGGUGAAAUGAACAAG